ACCAGAUCAGAAUUAACGUAUGGCCGACUCGCGACACCUUCCGAAAGAGGAAAUAACGAAGAGUAAAUAGUGAUAGUCAAUUACGUCGUGGUUUCUGCGGACAAUUGCUUCAAGACGGCUUGUGUAAACAGUCAUGUGACAAAAGUAUACAUUCUUUGCAUUGUCAUUCUCUUUUUUUUCUUUCGGACAAUAUGCAGUCUAGCUCCAGCAAAAGUAACGGACUGCUGUACUGAUUGAAUUUCGGCCGUCGGCUAUCGGCUGUUCACUUGCCUGGGUUUCGUCGCGUCUCCGAACUCCGGUAGAUCUCCUAUUCGGUAUCACUGACCAAAUCUGCUGCUACAGUAUAUCAGCUACAAUCUUUAUCACUUCGGCAUCGUUACCAAAUAGUAUUACUAACCUCACAUGUUGUGUGAGUGCCAAAUACCAACACAUCCUGACCGAUGACCUUAUAUCUUUGCAGAUCAAAUCAGGCAAACUGAAGAGGUGCAAAGUGCAGGAACCAAGUGUGGGGACUGAUAACGGUUUCAAGUUAUAUUGAGAAACGUGUGUCAAUGGCUCUUUCAGUAGAUUUCAAAGGAUUAGACUCUGAUCAUGAUGACUCGAGAGAUCAUCAUAAUAUCCUGGAGGGGAGCACACAUGAAGGCGAAGAGGAGUUAAACAUGAGUCACGAGGAAAGACAAAUGUUGCUUCAUGGAAUUGACCAUUCCUCUAAUUCAUCUUCCAGCAAUGCCAUCUAUUCUAGUUACAGCUCAAGCAGCAGCAGGCUUAUGCCAAAACAUUUCAGCCCGGCUCGAUAUUGGAAAAACCUGAUAGUUUUGAGUCUUGCAUGCAUGUUUAUGUUCAGUGCAUACAGUGCCUUGGCAAACUUGCAGAGUAGUCUUCAUUACAGUGAAGGACUUGGUGUAGCUUCUCUAUGUGCUAUUUAUAUUGGUGUUAUCAUAUCCAGCUUGUUUGCACCUCUUGUGAUCUGGGUAUUGAAGGUGAAAUGGACUCUGGUUGUCUGUAGCGUGUUUUAUGCCGUCUUCUCAGCAAGCAACAUCUACCCUGCUGUCUAUACCCUCAUUCCCGCAGCGGCUUUACUUGGGUUGGCUGCGUCCCCUUUCUGGACAGCUAUUGGUACCUACCUUACAACAUCGGCCAUUCAGCUUGCUGAUGUUCAGGAUGGGAUUCCGGAACCCAUCAUCAAUCGUUUCAAUGGCAUUUUCUUCUGCUUCUUCCAGUCUGCCCAGGUCUGGGGAAACCUCAUCUCCUCACUUGUUCUACAGAACACGUCUUCCUCUGAUACAAUGUCCCAAUGCGGGCGCUACAGUUGUGGAACUGGCAUCACCUUCAACAUCACUGACAGUGUUGAGAUGGCUGGGGAGGAAACACUAAUCCUCGUCAUCAUCUAUAUCAUCCUUGGUCUCGUAGCAACGUUCAUCUACAUUUUCCUUGUAGAUAGUAUCCCAAAGGUCAAUUACAGAGGAACUAAAACAUGGAAGACUCAUCUAUCUGAUCACUUGGUCUCAACAUUCCAUUUGAUGAAGACCCCAUAUCUCUUCCUUCUGAUACCACUCAUGAUUUAUAAUGGAGCUGAGCAGGCCUUUAUAAGUGCAGAUUUCACCAAGAGUUUUGUCAGCUGUACGAAAGGAGCGGGUGAAGUCGGUUACGUCAUGAUCGGCUUCGGUGUUGCUGAUGCGUUGUCUUCGGCAAUCUUCGGCCAGCUCGAGAAGUAUUCGGGCCGGAUUGUGAUCUUCUUGUUUGGGGGUGUGGUCCAUUUGGCCCUUCUGACUGGCUUUGAACUUUGGAACCCGGAGCACUCGGCAACAUGGCAGCUUGUUCUGUUUGCAGUUGGAUGGGGUAUUGGAGAUGCUGUCUGGCAAACACAAAUAUCAUCUCUGGUAGGUGUGAUAUUUCCGGAAUCCCAGGAGCCCGCCUUCGCAAACUUUCGACUAUGGCAAGCUGUUGGUUUCGCUGUGACCUACGCUCUGACCAUUCCGUCUGCUAUCUGCAUCUCUCACAAGAUAUACGGACUAAUGGCAUUUUUAACGUUUUCCAUUAUAUGUUACAUCAUAGAGGAAUAUUUGAUAUCAAGACCAGCCCCACCGUGGACAGAUUAAAGGACAAUGAAUUUGAUAUUCGUAUAGUCGUGCAUAAAGAUUAAAAAAAUAAUAAUAACAAAGAAGCGAAUAAGUUAUGAAAGAUCCAUGCGGUGGCUUGAGGGACGCACGCCUCAUUAUUUUGAGAAUUGCAUAUUGAAUAUACAAAAAGCUAAAUCUAAUAAAAUAUGCAAAGUCUAUAUUAUCCAAAUUUGCUCUUUGCGCCCAAUCUAUUUCAAAAUGCUGGAUUCGCCACUGAAAUGGAACUCUGGCUUAAAGGAGGAUGAAAUCCUAAAAACCAGAUUAAUUGUUAAAAGAUAUAAAUAUAUAAAUGAAACAGAUCAAUGAAAGGAUUCAACAGGACACUAAAAAUGCUGAUCACCAUAUACGAUCAGGAAAUAUAUUUUUUUGUUUCAAAGAAGAAAAGAGACACAAUUAUGAUUAAGUUCCAUUAAUUUAUAUAAUCUUAUUCAGUUAUUAAGAGACCAUCAUAACUCCAACAUCCAAUAUGCCUAGUCAUUUAUUUGUAAAGAAAUAAAAUUCAAGAAAAUUAUUUUCUAUGAUGAUGAUGAUGUUGUUUUUUUGUAAUCCAACUAAUUGAAUGAUGAUACACUCUAAAAACUUGGGUAGAAAGGAAAACAUGCAUAUUUGCUGGGUAUCCCCCCCCCCGGCAAUAUUGGGAAAAAUGCAUGUUUU